GCCGACUCACGCGUAUCUCCAUACUCGCUGAACGAUCUCAAGAACACGACCGAUGAUGCUCUGGGCAACUAUCUACGAGGCCUGAACUUCAAGCAAGACAACACAAAGCUCGACGUAAGGCUGGCACUUGGAUAUACUGCGGUCAUAAUUUCUGCAGUGACAUUUGCUGCAGACUACAAGUUUGGAUGGGAGGUAACUAAGACCGGCACAGCCUGGGCAGUUGCCGUGUACACACUUCUCAAUGGCGCCUUGACGCUGUGGCUGUGGUUCGUAGAGAAGGGCUUGAUUUUUGAAGGCGCCAAGGACGGCAAGAAGAUCUCAAUCUCCACCAAAACCAAUAAACACGAUCCGACCUACUACCUCGACGUUACGACUACAAAACCCGGCUUUCCUGAGAGCACACUCCAUCUCAAGACUCCUUUCACAACGUGGUUUACGGCGGACGGAUACUUCGUAGCAAAACCUUUUCAGCAAUGGCUUGCCUCCAGCAUUGAGGUCAUUGGAGAUGCCGACGUGAAAAAU